AUGUUUGCAGGUGUGACGACCGUCCACCAGUCCCCCACUACACCACCGUAUCCGCCACCUUCGCAGCUGUUCCCAGUGCAGCAGCUAGCAACUAACCUUAACCAGCAUCAACUGCAAGAAUUGCAGCAAGCGCAAUACCAGCAGCUAGCAGUUCAGCAGCAGCAACAACAACAACAAGUACAGCAACAAGUACAGCAACACGUGCAGCAACAGCACAAGAAGCAACAUCAACAGCAACAACAGUAUGUACAAGAGUUACAGCAAAGGCCUGAAGGAUAUGUUACGCACGGUAUGGACGAGACCGUAGUGGGGAGUGGGGCGGGCGGCGGGGCGGAGGCGCGCGAGCUGGGCGCCGUGCUGGCCUACCUGCAGCGGGAGGUGCCCUCGCUCGUCGCGCUGCCGCCCAACGAACUGCGCACGCUCGUGUUGCAGGUGAUGCAACAGAAGUCCCACGAGAUCUUAUCGUCCAAGUGCACGGAGGAGCCGGAGGGCGAGGCGGAGAGCGAGGGCCAUGAGCGUCAAGCGCGCAGACUGCUGGAAGAAGCGCUUAACGCUGACUGGCCUCGCCAGGAUGUGCACCAUCACCACCACCAUCACCUUCAUGAAUUACCGGAUUUUCAAGAGCUUUUGUCUGAACAGGCCGGUAACGGUUGCCAGUAUCGAGUCCGCCCCUCUUCUCCCUCGGGUGAAGCUGGACUGACGUUGCCGCGACAGGAGGACGAGCCCUCACCGCCUGCGCCCGCCCCUCACCCUCAACAACCUGAUCUCCAACCUCAUUUUGCACUGCCACCACCUACGUUGUCCUACGAAGACUAUAAUAGGUCGGCGACGUUCGCCCCGGGGCACGCGGGGGCGGCGGGCGCGGGCGCGGCGCCCUACGCGCCGCACGCGCCUGCGCCCGCGCCGCACGCCAAGCGCGACCAGCCGCACCACUACAACAGCGCCUCCGUCGCGCGACCGAAGAAGGUAAAGGGUCGUUUCGCGGGGUCGGGUCGCGGGUGCCGGUCGGGCGAGGCGUACGGCACGGCCACGCCGCCGCAGCCCGCGCCGGCGGCCUACUGCGCCAUGGACGUGGACGGCGAGACGGACUCCAACCACGACACGGCGCUGACCCUGGCGUGCGCGGGCGGCCACGAGGACCUGGUGGAGUUGCUGCUGCUGCGCGGCGCGGACAUCGAGCAUCGCGACAAAAAGGGCUUCACUCCACUCAUUCUAGCGGCAACGGCAGGACAUGAGAAAAUAGUUGAAAUCCUUCUAAACCACGGCGCGGAUAUCGAAGCGCAAUCGGAGCGUACGAAGGACACCCCCCUCUCGUUAGCGUGCAGCGGCGGCCGCUACGAGGUCGUGGAGCUCAUCCUGAGCCGCGGCGCCAACAAGGAGCACCGCAACGUCUCCGACUACACCCCUCUCUCCCUGGCCGCGUCUGGCGGUUACGUCAAUAUCAUCAGGCUACUGCUCACGCAUCAGGCUGAAAUCAACUCCCGAACCGGAUCAAAGCUGGGCAUAUCCCCUCUUAUGUUAGCAGCUAUGAACGGUCAUACGGCGGCCGUUAGACUACUAUUAGACUGCGGCUCCGACAUAAACGCGCAAAUCGAAACCAACCGCAACACCGCCUUAACCCUCGCCUGCUUUCAAGGCAGGCAUGAAGUCGUCAGUUUACUGUUAGACCGUAAGGCGAAUGUUGAACAUCGGGCGAAAACAGGGUUGACUCCCCUCAUGGAAGCUGCGAGUGGUGGUUACGUGGAGGUCGGUAGGGUACUGCUCGAUAAAGGCGCAGACGUUAACGCCCCUCCUGUACCUUCUUCGAGAGAUACCGCACUUACCAUUGCCGCUGAUAAAGGACACACCAAAUUCGUCGAGCUCUUACUGCAAAGACGAGCGGCAGUUGAGGUGAAAAAUAAAAAAGGCAAUUCGCCCCUGUGGCUAGCGGCCAACGGCGGCCACCUCGCGGUGGUCGAGAUGUUGUAUGCUGCCGGCGCCGACAUUGACUCGCAAGAUAAUAGAAAAGUAUCUUGCUUGAUGGCCGCCUUCCGUAAAGGCCACACUAAAGUGGUUAAAUGGAUGGUCGGAGUAGUUACUCAGUUCCCGUCAGACCAGGAAAUGACAAGGUACAUAUGUACUAUAUCGGAUAAAGAACUUCUAGAAAAAUGCCAAGAGUGCGUGCGUGUAAUCCGCGCAGCCAAGGAAACACAAGCGGCGCGUGCUAACCAGAACGCGACCAUACUUCUCGAGGAGCUCGACGCCGAGAGGUGUCGCGAGGAGAGCCGGAGACAGGCCGCAGCACGCCGCAGAGAGAGAAAGAAGAAGAAGAAGCUUGAGAAGAAGGAGGAGAGGCGCAAACUGCAGGCUGAAAACGACAAGAAUUCAAUGUACUGUGAGAAAGCGCUCGGGGAAUGCUCGGAGGGCGGCGAGCCCGACGACGAACCUGUUACGAAGGAAGAGGGUGACUCAGGCAUCGAUGCGAAUUCGCAGGGUUCCUGUUCCUCCUCGGAUGUUAAAGCUCCUCCAGUACAGAGUACUAAGUCUAAGAAAAAGAAAAAAGAAGAAAAGGCAGCACCCCCUCAACCUACCCCUUCGGUUAAGAAACAACCGGAUAAAAGUAAACCAACGAAAAUAGAAGCUAAAUCUGAAAAAGAAAGUACCCCCAAACCUGAUAAAAAACAGGAAAAGGAAAACGUGGCGCCGAGUUCUCCCCCCGCCACACCUGUCAAACCACCUCCUCAGCCUGACAGACGAACCGCCGAGAAGAAAGACAAAAAACCCGAAGAGGAUAACCCUAAGAGCAUUACAGUACAGAAUGUUAACAAAUACGGGAAUAACUCCAGAAAGAGUCAAGUAUUCGAAUCCACUAGGCUUAAUGUGGACAAAGACGAUUUUGAAACAAGCGACAAAAAUAAAAAGACACAGCACGUUCAUCAAUGGGAGACUGAAGGCAAAAGCACCUCUCCUAAAGGUGGAUGCGUGGGAGGUCGCCGGGAAGAAGGUUGGAAAGAGGUUGUUCGCAAGUCUAGUGUGCAGACGCUCUCAACCGUAGAACCUGGAUGUAAGAAAGUGUCAGUGGCGUCCCACGCCAUCUCCCGCGUGAUCGGCCGCGCCGGCAGCAACAUCAACGCCAUCCGGUCCGCCACCGGCGCGCACAUCGAGGUGGACAAGCAGAGCAAGGGGCAGGGCGAACGGAUCAUCACCAUCAAGGGAUCGGCAGAGGCGACACGACAGGCUGGUAUGUUGAUCGCGGCUAUGAUUCGCGACCCCGAUGCGGAUAUCGUACAAUUGUUGCCGCGCACCACUGCCAAGCCUGCCCCUCAACCUUUGCCCUUGCAGCCCAAGACGCCCAAACAAGCUCCGCCUAAGCAGGCGGGAGCGAGCGGCAGCAGCAGCGCGAGGGGCACGGCCGCGAGCGCGCGCGCCGCGCCCAAGCAGCACGCGCCCGCCGCGCGCCUGGCGCCCUCUCGCGCCGCCCCGCACACGUCAACCGGUGACAAACGAAUACCGACGUCGAGUACGCUGAGCACGUCGAGCACCAGCUUGGGCGGGGGAUGUAAGACGACCGGCGCGCUGACGUACACGGGGGUCAUCGUGGGCGGUCGGCCGCACACCUUCGCCGCCAAGCUCACCGCGGGGCCCACGCCCACGUCCACACCCACCAUGUCUGACACGCCUAAACUACGGACUACACACCAGCAGCAGACCCCUGCGGGCGGCGCGAGCCCGAGCUCGUCGGCGGCCAGCCCGGGCGCGGCGCUGGGCGCGCUGUCGCCGCAGAAGAGCGCGCGCGACCCCUCCCCGCCCCCGGCGACCCCCGCCCCCACGCCCUCCAAGCCCGACGACGCCGACGCUAAACCGCACCGCUUGCCCGAACGCACUAUGCAGCUGAGUCCAGACAAUUCCAGUUCGUGGAGUGCUAAUGAAGAAAACACACCAAACUCAUCUGCAGCUCUUCACAUUAAUACGACGCCACAAGCUAACGCUGGCGGCGGCGGUGCGCAGGAGUACUCGCUGUUCAAGGACCUGUCGGCCGGCGCCGUGUGGGGUGCGGCCGGCGACGCGCACCACAACGUCGAGCCACCGCAGCAGCUGGUGUCGAUGGCGGACGCCAGCAAGGCGCCGGGCUACCGAGGCGCGGGCGGCGCAGGCGCAGGCGGCGGCUGCUCGCCGUGCUCGCGCACGUCGUCGCACGGCUCCACGCCGCCCCCCGCCUACGCGCCCACGCACCACGCGCCGCCCGCCUACCACCAGCCCAUGCCCAUCGGUAACAACGUGAAUGCGAUGGAUAUGAGUGGACUUUCCCGAAAUGGACCUAUCUACCAAGAUAACUCCCGCAAUGGACACAACAUGAUGCAGCAAGUAUCGAUCGCCAGUGGUGUAAACAUGAGCGGUGCAGCUAUGGGGCUGGGCUACGUUGGCGUGGAAAGCGUAUCGCGCCUCAACCCCCGAGCACCUGACUUUGCGCAGAGGCACCCUCUCAUGCAACAGAAGCACAACGCGCAGUUAUUCGCGGGUGCGAGCAACGCAGGCAAUUUGAGCGCAUUGCUGAUGUCGUACCAACAGCAACCCAUGAACCAGUCACCAAAACCCAUGCAGCACGCGCCGCAACCGCACCCGCAUUACCAGUCCCUUCUGGAGCGAGGUGUAGGAGUUGGCAACGUGGGUAACGUGUGCAACAGUGGCGGUGGCUGGGGCGAGGAGGAAGAGCGCAAACCUCGACCUAUCGGCACUGAGCGCGCUUGGAAACUCAUCGGCGGUGAUGACUGGGCACACGCGCACCUGCCCCAUCAGCCGCACCUAGCCGACCAUGACAGAUACCAAGGAGUGAGCGGAAUCGGCGCAGUCGGAGCGCACGUGAACGUCGGACACGGGCUGGAGGGCGCCGGGUACGGCGUGGGGGGGGGCGGAGCUGCGGCGGGCGGCGCCACGGCCGCGGCGCUGUCGCUGAUGCACGCGCUGCCGCUGCACUACCUGCCGCCCGUGGCCGCCGCCGCGCCCGCGCCCGACCACCACCCGCACUGGGACCAGGCGCAGCACCACGCCGCCGACAAACAGACAUGGAGUAAAUGGACUCACUAG